UUCUAUUCGUCCCUCGAGGACGUGGUAACUGCUCCGACUGCACGUGUUUGUGAGAUAUAGCUUCUCACAGCACGAUUUUCAAUCAUUUGUUUAAAAAAAAUAUAUAAAAAAAGUAUAAAAUAGUGAAAAAAUUACAAAAAAAUCAGCAAAACUCUAAAAAAUUACAAAAAAUUGUUGGUUGAAACGGCAGCAGACGAGGGAAACCUAAAGAACAGAUCGAAAGAACAUCAAGAAAUUGAAGAAAUCAGCCAUACUUGACGUGUAAAGAAGUUUAUUUUGUGAAUUCGCAACAACCUAGAUCGUAAAGAUGAAUCCAGCAGGACCUAACUACCCUAUGGCUACACUGUACGUCGGUGAUUUACAUCCAGAUGUUUCCGAGUCCAUGUUAUUUUCCAAGUUUUCAACAGCAGGGCCAGUGGCAUCCAUUCGUGUGUGUCGAGAUAUGAUCACGAGGCGAUCAUUAGGUUACGCAUACGUUAACUUCUCUCAACCCGCUGAUGCGGAGAGAGCACUGGAUACCAUGAAUUUUGACACCAUCAAAGGAAGACCAAUACGUAUCAUGUGGUCUCAAAGAGAUCCCUCUCAACGAAAAUCUGGAGUUGGAAACGUUUUCAUUAAGAAUCUGGAUAAGAGUAUUGAUAACAAAGCUCUGUACGAUACAUUUUCUGCUUUUGGUAACAUCCUUUCUUGUAAGAUUGCCGCUGACGAACAAGGCUCCAAAGGUUAUGGUUUUGUUCAUUUUGAAACCGAAGAAGCAGCUAAACAGGCUAUUGAGAAAGUCAAUGGUAUGUUGUUAAACGGUAAGAAAGUGUAUGUAGGAAAAUUCAUCCCCCGACGGGAGCGUUUAGCAAUGAUGGGUGAUAAAGCUAAAAAAUACAACAACGUAUACAUCAAAAACUUUGGUGAGGAAUAUGAUGAUGACAAACUGAAAGUAGAGAUGGAAAAAUUCGGAAAGGUCAUCAGUGCAAAGGUGAUGACAGAUAACCAGAAUCUAUCAAGAGGCUUCGGUUUUGUCAGUUUUGAAGAUCCAGAAACUGCUGAAAAGUGUGUAGACAAUAUUAUGGGAACAGAGCUCAAUGGCAAAACAUUGUAUGCUGGUCGAGCUCAAAAACGUGCUGAAAGGCAGGCUGAGCUCAAGGAGAAAUUUGAGCGAUUGAAGAUGGAGCGAAUUAAUCGUUAUCAAGGAGUGAACUUGUAUGUUAAAAAUCUGGAUGACUGUAUCGAUGAUGAACGACUGAGAAAAGAAUUCUCACAAUUCGGUACCAUCACUAGUGCCAAGGUGAUGGGAGAUGGAACCAGAUCAAAAGGAUUUGGAUUUGUCUGCUUCAGUUCACCAGAAGAAGCAACUAAAGCUGUCACUGAAAUGAACGGUAGAAUUAUUGUUGCCAAACCUCUGUAUGUCGCACUUGCUCAACGCAAAGAGGAUCGAAGAGCUCAUCUAGCUUCCCAAUACAUGCAACGUAUUACUACCAUGAGACAACAGCAAAAUGCUCAGUACAGUCAGAUGUUCCAACCAAGUGGAGCCGGUUAUUUUGUUCCCCAACUGCCUCAGGCUACUCGUGGAUUCUUCACACCAACUCAGAUGCCACAAGUUCAAGCUAGUCCAAGAUGGCAGGCUCAAGUCAGACAACCUGCACCAGGAGGAGCAAGCUUCCAAGCUGUUCAAAGCAAUCAACUUCGACCAGCUCGCUUCCAGGGUAGUGGACAACAGGGUGUAAGAGCUAACAUGAACGCUCGACCUAUAACUGGACAAGCUGGUGGUCAGCCAGGUGGACAGAGAAUGAUGGGUCCAGGUAUGCCACGAGGACCCCCAGGGGCUGCCGGUAUGGCUGCACCCCAGAGAAGUGCCUACAAAUUCAACAAUCAAAUCAGAAAUCCUCAAAUGGGUCAACAGGUCAUGUCACAGCCUGCUGCUUCAGUGGUAAUUGCUGGUCAGGAACCAUUGACCGCCUCCAUGUUGGCUGCUGCUCCACCACAAGAACAGAAACAGAUGUUGGGAGAAAGAUUAUUCCCUCUGAUCAAUCGUAUGCACGCAGAUCUAGCUGGUAAAAUCACUGGAAUGUUGCUGGAAAUUGACAACUCAGAAUUGUUGCACAUGUUGGAAUCCCAGGAAUCUCUCAAGGGCAAGGUUGAAGAAGCUGUGGCUGUACUCGUGGCUCAUCAAGCCAAAGAGAGUGCUACAAAGAAAGGCCCUGAGUAAUCUCCCUUGGAAAGGAUUUAGCAUUGGAUCAGUUGUCACCAGAUUCACAGAAUUUCUUAGAGUUUUAAAAGGAACUCCGUUUCACCAACAUACCCAAAAAAAAUUUAAAAUAAUUCUGAAAAAAAAAUAGUUUCACCUGGUUUACAAAUCUAAAAAAUUAACAAAAUUUGUUACUUUAGAUGUUUGGUACUUGAAGUUAUUUAGAAAAAAAAAAAACAGUAAAAUUUUGGAUUAUCAAUAAAAAAAAAUAUUUACCAAAGUAACGUAGAUUUUCUGAAAUUGAAAUUAAAUUGAAAGUGGACUUUGACAAGCAAAGGAAUAUUUAAUAUUGUCAAAACUUCUAGUCAAGUAAUUGACUUUUCAAAGCGUUCAGUUUGUGUUGGGCAAGUCAAAGUGUCAGCCUUAAUUUCAUUUUAGUUUCCGAAAAUUAAUUUUGGGAUGAAGAUCAAAAUUUAAGAACUAUUUAACAAAAAAAAGAUGGGACAAAUCUACAAAACCAAUCUUUUCAUGGAAAGAUAAAAAAUACAAAUGAUUAAAAAAAACUGCAAAAUAAUUUUUCAAUUUGUAGAUACUUGUUUAUUUACAUUCACUUAAAAAAAAAAAAACGCAAAACAAAUUGCCAGUUUGUAGGAUAUUUUUUUUCUUUAGUUUAUUAAUGGAGAAAUGGUUUACUAUUGAGGAUUAUUUUCUUUUAACUUUUAUUUUCUUUGUACAUUUUUGAAAUUCUUUGGUUAAAAAAACACUGUACAUCCAAUAAAAGAAGCUGUUCAGAUUUUUUUGUUUCCUUUUCAAAGGAUUGUAAAAAUGUUAUAUUUUAGUUAAUGAUUUCAUGUUAAGAGAUCUUGUGAUAGAAAUUUUAGGAUGAAAAUGCAUUUUAACAAUCGAGUGGCAAAUUAAGGAAUUCCAUCUGGAAAAAAAUAAUUGAUUCAAAUUUGAUCCCCAAAAUGGGUGUGGUUGUGAUCAACAGAUCCCGAGAAUGGGUGUGGUUGUGAUCAACAGCAUCUUAUGAGAAUGCACACCGGAGAUUAAAACUUUUAAAUGUGAAUGUUUGUAGUCUACAGGGACACAUGAGAAUUCAUACUGGAUAAAAACUCUAUAAAUGUGUUAUCAGACAUUGUCUUGAUUUGAACUUAAUGGUCAAGGGGGUGUCUCAGAUGUUUUUUUAGUAAAUUGUUUUCCUAGAGAAAUCAGUCUAUGAAAGAAAACAGGGAAUUGGGGACGGAUAAGUUUCUAUGAAUUAUUUUUAUAACAAGGUCUCUUCGAAUUCAAAUCUGUUUCCAUAUUAUGUGGAAAGUUUCAUAUUUCUAGUUCCUUUCAACCAGUCUUUAAUUUCUCUACAAUAAAACUAUCAUUCUGGAUUAAAUAUA